AUGGCAGUGCUGUACAGGAGAGUAGGUGAAGUUUUGAGGGUAAGUGUGAGGAGGUUAUGUUCAUCAAGAUCAGCGGUGGAUCUCUGCAUUUUACCCAGCAGCAGCUGUUUCUUUGACCAGGCAGUUCAGGUGAAACUGAGCGGUUUGUCUCCUCGGCAGCAUGUCCACUUCCAGUCCAAACACACGGAUGAUAAAGGGGUUCUGUUCAAGGCCACUGCGACCUACCGGGCAGACCAGACAGGACAGGUGGAUCUGGGGCGCCACUCGUCUCUGGGGGGAUCCUACACCGGGGUAGAACCGAUGGGUUUGUUCUGGUCCAUGCUGCCCGAAAUUCCUCACAAGAAGCUUCUGAAAAAAGACGCGUCCAGUCCCGUCAUCAUCGACAUCGAGGUUCUCAACGAGCGAGGACAGAUUCUGACUACAGAGAGACUCCAGAGACACUUUAUGGCUGAUGGGGUGAGAAGAGUUCCUGUUAGAGACGGGAGAUUACGAGGAACAGUCUUCAUUCCACCUGGUGAAGGCCCGUUUCCUGGAAUUUUAGAUCUCUAUACAUUAGGAGCUCUUCUGGCAAACAAAGGCUUUGUGGUGUUUGCUCUGGCUUUCUAUGGCUACCAGGAUAUGCCCAAAUCAAUUGACCAGCUCGAUCUGGAGUAUUUUGAAGAAGGUAUAACGUUUCUGCAGAUGCAGCCUAAGGUGAAACAGACAGGAAUAGGCGUAAUAUCCAUCUCAAAAAGUGGCGAUCUGGGUCUGUCAAUUUCAUCAUUCCUGCCCAACGUAUCGGCCACCGUCUGCAUCAACACCAGCAAUGCCAACAUCUUGUUCCCACUCCAUUACAAAGACAUGGUCAUACCAGCGUUGACUGGUAAUGUAAAGAAGGUAACCAUAAACGAUGCUGGUCUCUUGGACAUCAGGGAUGUCCUCCCUGACCCAGAGGUAAAACGCCCUGACACGGUCAUCCCUAUUGAGCGUGCCAGCUGCAACUUCCUGUUCCUCGUAUCAGGUGAUGACAGGAACUGGAACAGCGCAUUUUUUGCACAGCAAGCUUGCAGCAGACUCAAAGAACAUGGAAAAAACAACUAUGAAUUGGUGAGCUAUCCGAAGGCGGGGCAUUUUUUGGAAGUUCCAUAUAUGCCCCAUUGCCCCUCUGGACUUCAUGGUGCAGUGGGUCAAGCGGUUGCUUUUGGGGGAGAACCGAAAGCACACGCGGAUGCUCAGAUCGAUGCCUGGUGGAGAGUUCAGGAGUUUCUCAAAAAACACUUAGUUCCUGUUAGAGACGGGAGAUUACGAGGAACAGUCUUUAUUCCACCUGGUGAAGGACCAUUCCCUGGAAUUUUAGAUAUGUAUAUACUUGGAACCGUUGUGUGUGAGCAACGAGCAGCUGUUCUUGCAAAUAGAGGAUUUGUGGUGUUUGCCCUGGCGUUCUAUGGCUAUGAAGAUAUGCCGAUAACAGUUGAUAAGUUUGAUCUGGAGUAUUUUGAAGAAGCCGUAACGUUUCUUCAGAUGCAGCCCAAGGUGAAGAAAACUGGAAUAGGUGUGGUGGCGAUGUCGAAAAGUGGCGAUUUUGCUUUGUCAAUUGCAUCGUUCCUACCUAACAUUUCAGCUACGGUCUGCAUCGACACCUGCAACGCGAGUGCCAUGUACCCAAUCCAUUACAAAGGCACGGUCAUUCCGGACAGCAAGAUAACUACCACACCGUCAGGAAUCCUGGAUAUCCGAAGAGCCAUGCCUGACCCUAUGUCACAAGAAAACCUCGCUACGAUCAUCCCUGUGGAGCGCGCCAGCUGCAAAUUCCUGUUCAUAGCAUCGGAAGACGAUUGGAAUUGGAACAGCGUCUUGUUUGCAGAGCAAGCUUGCAGCAGACUCAAAGCACACGGAAAACAUAACUACGAAAUGGUGAGAUAUUCGAAGGCAGGGCAUUUUCUAGAAAUUCCCUACAUGACCUUUCAUCCCUCUGCGGUUCAUCUUGUUUCGGGUAAGGUGGUUGCUUUUGGAGGUGAAACAAAAGCCCACGCAGAUGCACAGGUUGAUGCCUGGAGGAGAAUCCAAGAAUUUCUCAUUCAACACUUAAAAAGUGACGAACAACGUUUGAAAUCAUCGCUUUAA